AAAGCAUCAUCAUUUGUCGUCAUACUCUACUGAAUUGAUUGUGGUGAAAAAUAUUAACAUUAAAAGUGAAAAAUAAACGGAUUUAAAGCCGCACAAAGCGUACAACCAUUAUAAUCUCAAAUUGUAAUUCAUUGCUAUCCUAUAACACUCAAAUUGUGCCGAAAGUGAUCGAUAUUGACACAUAAAUUUAUGAUUGAUUGAGUGCGAAGGAAGAUUCAUCUGAGAAGCUUUUGAGGAGAUUUCUGAUCGUUGAUUGAUAUUUAGAUAGUUGGUAUUGUGUCUGAAGAAGUUGAAGUUAUGUCAAUAGAAUUUAUCCAGGUUGCUGAAGAGUUCAACGAGGAGUCCAUCGAACUACCGUUAGAGGAAGAUGGAACGCUAUUGCUGUCGACACUGCAAGGACAAUUUCCAGGUGCAACAGGUCUCAAAUACCGCAAUCCAGAAAAUAAAGCAAUUCGUGGAAUUCGAUUGAAUGAAUCACGUUUGCAUCCACCAAACAAUGGAUGGGAUUCUGAAAUGAUUUAUUAUUGCGUCUUUCCGAAAGAAUCCGUUUCAGAAAACAAGCGAAAAUCUGACGAUGUCAUGGAAAAUGUUUCCAAAUCCAAAGUUUCAAAAUGUCAGUCAAACAAAUGCACUGAUUUGAUUGUUCUUGGAUUAGCUUGGAAGACAAGCGAACAAGUUAUUCGCGAAUAUUUUGAGACAUUUGGUGAAGUUUUAAUGAUACAAGUAAAGAAAGAUUCAAAAGGACAUUCAAAAGGUUUCGGAUUCGUGAGAUUUGCAAGCUAUGAGUGCCAGCUUCGAGUAUUAGGUCAGCGCCAUUUAGUCGACGGACGCUGGUGCGAAGUGAAGGUUCCAAACAGUAAAGAAGGGACAGUACAGCAAGUUCCAUGCAAAGUAUUCGUUGGGAGAUGCACAGAAGAAAUGACACAAGACGAUUUACGAGAAUACUUCUCAAAGUUCGGAGAAGUGACUGACGUCUUCAUCCCAAAACCAUUCAGAGCUUUCAGUUUUGUCACAUUUUUGGAUCCGGAAAUCGCACAAGGACUUUGUGGAGAAGAUCACAUAAUCAAAGGUGUAUCAGUUCAUGUCAGUAAUGCAGCACCAAAAUCAGAAUCCAACAGAAGUCAAAAUUAUGGAAACAACUCCAAUGGAUCGAAUUAUGGUGGUGGACGUGGUGGAAACGGUGGAGGUGGCUAUGGAGGUUCAAACUUCAAUCGAAAUGAUUAUGGACGAGGUGGUGGCGGAGGUCCGAGUGGAAAUAAUGGAGGAAACUUCAUGCCAAACAACAACAUGAGUGGAAACAAUCCAAACGCUUGGGGCGGAAAUAGUAACAGUAAUCGUAACUUGGACAUGCCAAACUUACAGAAUCUUGGAAUAAAUCCUGGAGGGAAUCAAAAUCAAGGCUCAAACAUGAGUAAUCCACCUAUGGGUGUUGCUAUGAAUGCUUUGAAUGCACUUCCUAUGAAUCCAGCACUUGUUGCAGCAGCGCUUAAUCAAUGGGGGUCUGCUAUGGGUGGACUUCUCAAUGGAAUGCAGAAUCAAGGAAAUAAUGAUCAGGGUUUCAAUAAUAACUCCAGUUUCUUAUCGUGGAUGAACCAACAAAGUAACGGUGGUGGUGGUGGAUCAAAUAAUAAUAAUAAUGACAACCCACAAGGUCCAAACAAUCAACCUUGGAAUCAACAGCAACGCAAUCAGAAUCCACCUGAAAAAUCAAACUUUAUGUAAUGUGGAAAUGAUGAUUUGAGAUUAACGAUUUAAGGUUUUAUAAACUUUUUGAUUGCUUUCAAAAUGUUUCUUUCAUAUCUUGUUACUUCAUAGACGAGUAAAAUAUUUUUAAGAAGAUAUUGAGAGUGGCUUUGAGAGUGUGACAAAGAAGAAUGAAAAACGAAUUGAAAAUAAAUGAAUUAAAGAAUUUGUAAAUUUUUGUUUUAAUUUCUAAUCUGAAUGUCAUGAAAAUAAAAAGAGAGAAAAUUCAAAGUGAAAGUUUUAUUUUUG